UCAACGUUUGUCGUUGUCGUUGUCGUUUUUCGUGCUUUAUAGCGCUCACACUCAGAAGUCGUUCAGAAUCGUUGCCAUCGUGGUCGUGGUCGGUUUCGGUAUCGGAUUGUGUGCGUUCUGGCCUGGUCUCUGGUCUGGCUCUUGCUCUGCCUCUACGUUACGCUCGAUUCCGUUCGGUUUCGCUACAGAUUCGGUUCUGGGCUCUGUUUUGGUUUAGCUGCCGAACGCCGCGCCGCGUACACCGCCGGUAUAAAAACCGUUUAGGGGAGAGAAUCCAAAUGCCCAAAGCGAAAACCCGGUAAACCCCGUUGACCGGGGGUCCAAAAAGUCAAAUUCAAUUUACGCGCCGGGCUUAUUAUACUACACCAGAAGCCGAAGAGCCCAAUGCCAUACCACACAAAAGCCAUCAACAAAAAGUGAACCAAAAAAAAGUAAAGGAUAUCAAGGAAUAGAGGAAAAAAAACCGAAAUGAAAACAACUCAAGCAAAAUAAAAAGCGGAAUAUAAAAAACAACAACACAGAAGGUGACCUUUGGAAAAACCCGACAAGAGGCCAAGAGGCCUCCCCCCAACCAACCAACAACUAUAAAUAGCUAUAAAGAAAACCAAAAACGUUCAAAAGAGCAAGUGAAAAUCAUUUAAUUGGAUUUCCAUUCACCUUGAACCCCCCAACGGGUACUGCCCGCGUGGCCCACUCACAGGUAAGUUUUGGCCUAAAUGAUGCCCGAAACUGAACGCGAUUCGCAGUUGGUGGCAGCUGAAAUGGUAAGCGGUGCCCUGGGGCAUGGUUAUGGCAUAGUCAAGGAACAGCAGCAGCAUCAUCAUCAUCAUCCCAGCCAUCCGCAUCAGCUUCAAAUGCAGCUCCAGCAUCAGCAGCAACUGCAGCACAACUCCACAGCCGAUCUCUACAAGAUGGCCACCAGCACCUAUGUGUACAGCAAUCCUCUGACCAUACCACCCACAUCCGUGUCCUCGAUGGUCAGUCCGAGCAGCAAGGAGAAGCUCGUCAAUCUGCUGCGCGUGCGCGACAACAACAAUUGCCAUCAGAACAUGGGCAGCCCGAUCUCCGCCAGCACACCCAACAGCUGCAGUCCACCAACCACAUUUCUACAGAAGCAACUGGAGGCGACACCCGCCAGACCCAGCUCAGUGCUGCCACAACAGCAACAGACCACCCAACAGCGUCGCUCUGCUGCCACAGCGGCCCCCACCAACUGGCACGCCCAUGUCUAUGCCCGUCCACCCAAUCGUCCCACGCCACACUCCAUAGCCGACAUCCUGGGCAUGGCCGUGGGCGAAAAGUGUGCUUCCGAGAGCGCCUACGAUCCAACAGGUCCUGCCAAGUCGCCCAACACCAUACUGCAGCAGUACCAGGAUCAGGCACCCAUGCGCAGCGCCUCCAUCUCGAUGAGCGAUGCCAGCGAGGAGGACGGCUCUGUCAAUGCCACUGCAAGUGGAGGAGGAGUAGCUGCACCCCCGCCGGUGGGAGUGCCAAGCGUAGCCGCAGUCAACACACCGCUCGAUCAGCCAUUAAAUCUGUGUGUGGCCAAAAAGUCGCGCGAGGCGCACAACAGCUCACCCAUGCCCACAGCCAGCAGCAAGCAGACAGCAACAACACUGCUGGGCAAGACCAAGAAAGAAAACACGGGCAAGCCACCGGCCAAGAAAAAGAAAAAUGCGACGACCAGCAGCAGCAGCAGCGGCACAACGGCAGCAGCAGCAGCCACCACGGUGGCCCUGCCGCCGGACAUCAGCCCCACGGGCAGCAGCGACAGCUUGAUGCGGGACAAGCUGAUGGCCAGCAAUCCACCACAGCAGUUGGCCAGCAAUAACAACAGCAAUAUGGAGACCACCGAAGAUGACUCCGAUUCGGGCUCCAUGGAUGCGCGGCGCAAGAAGAAGGCACGCACCACAUUCACGGGUCGCCAGAUCUUCGAGCUGGAGAAGCAGUUCGAGGUCAAGAAAUAUCUCAGCUCCAGCGAGCGCACCGAAAUGGCCAAGCUGCUGAUAGUCACCGAAACGCAGGUUAAAAUCUGGUUCCAGAAUCGACGCACAAAGUGGAAAAAGCAGGAUAAUGUUACCAACAAUGAGGCCGCGGAGCACAAAUCCACAAAUGCAAAUAAAUCGAGCGGCGGAGCAGAGCAGUCGCCCGCAGCACCAGCAACAACUGGAGGCAGUGGCAGUGGCAGUUCCGCCGUGGAGAGUGCAGGUGCAGGCCCAGCAGCAGCAACCAAAAAGUCUACAAGUGCCCAAGGAGAGAAAACUCGCGGCAACAACAACAACAACAAUUCGGUAUCUUUGGCCAACAACAAUAGCGUUAACAAUGAGAGCAAAUUGCCCAACAAACAGACGAGCGCCAAAGUGAAGAAACAAUUGAAUGCAUUGCUGGAGAAGGCAGCAAAAACAACAAAUUGUGCGCCAAAUCGCAGCGAGAAUGAGAAGGUGGAAAUGCACAAAGCUGGGGAGAAGCGUCACCAUCCAUCCAACAACAAUGUGGGGGAGUCAAAGUUGAUGCAUCAGCGGAUGCACCAGCAUGCCAUACCGCUGACCGUGGAGCCGGCCGCACCCUUGGAGCAGACCGAGAAGCUGGACAUUAAGCUGGAAGAGUCGCCGCAGCAUCGCGAGCUGCAGUUGAGUCUGCAGCGUGCUGCCGCGGCGGCCAAGGCUGCACAGCAGAACGGCUGCAGUCCGACGCCAGCGAAUGCAGCGACGGCGGCGGCGCUGCUCAACGAAAUGGAUUUCGAGAGCAAGUUGGCGGCGUCCAAGAUUUCGAUAGCUUUGGCCAGCAUGGCCAGCAAGCAGCUGAAGCAGGCGGAGGCGGCUGAGGCCAGCAAGCAGUUGAAGCAGUUCGAGGCCGAGGCCAGCAAGCACGAGUCUGAGGAGGAUGAGGAGACGUCCACCGAGCAUGGUGACUCCACAGAGGCGCACGACUCGCAAGAUCAGGAUGUGUCGAUGCGCGAGAACUAAGCUACGGAAACAGUCAAAUUUUAAUCUGUGCCAAAAAGUCGAAUAUUGCUCACACACAAACACACACACACACACCCCACACACACACAUUUACUAUAUAUAAAUAAUUGUAAUUGUAAUUGUAAACUAUAAAUAUAAUUUACUUAACACGUAACACGAUUGUAACGCUGUUUGUCACCCCCUAGGCGUGUGUAUUUAAUUUGUAAUUUAUUUUGUAUGCUUAAGCGAUUUCAAAUGUAAAUGUUGCCAUUAGAAAUGCAUUUAUGUAAAUGUUUAAUGGGAGCCACUACGUAAAUGUAAUUUGAAACUUUCGAAAAUUUCAUGUGAUAAUGUAUACGAAGGAUAAAGGAUAAAGAGAGCGGAAGAGAGUUAAUGCCCGGCGGCAAAACCCAAUUACAAAUUGCAAAAAAUUGAUUUUACUACUUGAACUAUGAACUAUAAACUAUAUAAAUGUAGAUCUAAGCUAUGCUACCCUGUAAAUUGAACAUAUUUAUUGAGUGUUUGUACAAAAAAACAAAACAAAAACAAAGCAAAAAA